AGGGCCGGGUACUGGGAUUAAGAAGCUGGAAAGAUGGCUGACGACAGUAAUGAUGAGCCGGAUUUGGCGCUUCUGAAAAACCCGUUUAAAUUACGAGGGAGAAAAGGUGCCCUAAAAAAGAAAAAUGUGUACGUUGUUAAAGAUCAUAAGUUUAUUCCAAGGUUCUUCAAACAGCCGACUUUCUGUAGUCAUUGCAAAGACUUCAUUUGGGGCUUCGGUAAACAAGGAUAUCAGUGUCAGAUUUGCAGUUUUGUCGUUCACAAGCGAUGUCACGAGUUCGUUACUUUCAAGUGCCCGGGUGCGGACAAGGGCGUGGACUCGGAUGAUGCCCGAACCAAACACCAGUUCGACGUCCACACUUACACUAGUCCUACCUUCUGUGACCAUUGUGGUUCUCUUCUGUACGGAAUAAUCCACCAAGGACUGAAAUGUAAAGCAUGUGACAUGAAUGUCCACAACCGCUGCCAGGAGAGUAUCCCAAAUCUGUGCGGGUGUGAUCAUACUGAGAGACGGGGAAGGAUAGACUUGAAGGUAGCAUUCAAUAACAACAAGUUGACAGUAGAAGUUCGUAAAGCUAAAAAUCUCAUUCCUAUGGACCCAAAUGGUUUGUCAGAUCCAUAUGUGAAGCUGAAACUUAUUCCUGAAAUGGGCGAUAGUAUGAAGAAAAAGACCAAAACAAUUCGAGCUAAUUUAAACCCUGAAUGGAUGGAAACCCUAACUUUUGAUCUCAAGCCUGAGGACAAAGACCGUCGACUUUUGAUAGAGGUGUGGGAUUGGGACAGAACUUCUAGAAAUGACUUCAUGGGUUCUCUGUCGUUUGGCAUCUCUGAGGUUAUCAAGAACCCUGUCGAAGGAUGGUAUAAGCUGUUGACUGCUGAGGAAGGUGAAUUCUACAAUGCACCCGUGCCACCAGAAAAUGGUGACACCUCAGGCCUGAGAACUCACAUAAAGAGCAGGAUGUCUUUGGCCACCAAGAAAUCGGAUCAACCAUCAGACAUGACAGAUAUACCACACAAUAUGGGUAAACAGGACAUCAUCAGGGCUUCUGAUUUUAACUUUAUUAUGGUACUUGGAAAAGGGAGCUUUGGGAAGGUUAUGCUGGCUGAGAGAAAGGGAACAGAUGAGCUGUAUGCCAUCAAGAUACUCAAGAAAGACAUCAUUAUUCAAGAUGAUGAUGUUGAAUGUGCGAUGGUGGAAAAAAGAGUUCUUGCUUUGGCUAGCAAACCAAAUUUUCUUGUGCAGAUACAUUCUUGCUUUCAGACUAUGGACCGACUCUACUUUGUCAUGGAGUACGUGAAUGGAGGUGAUCUCAUGUUUCAAAUUCAGCAGUGUGGAAAAUUUAAAGAACCUGUAGCCGUGUUCUAUGCUUCAGAGAUAGCGAUAGGAUUGUUCUUCCUCCAUAGCCGAGGAGUUGUGUAUAGAGACCUAAAGCUAGACAAUGUCCUUCUCGACCAAGAUGGUCACAUCAAAAUAGCAGAUUUUGGUAUGUGUAAGGAAGGUAUCAAAGAAGAGAAAACCACUAAAACAUUUUGUGGUACACCGGAUUACAUUGCACCCGAGAUUAUCCUGUAUCAGCCAUAUGGAAAGUCAGUGGACUGGUGGGCCUAUGGGGUCCUCUUGUAUGAAAUGCUAGUUGGACAGCCACCGUUUGAUGGAGAAGAUGAGGAAGAACUGUUUGCCUCCAUAACUGACCACAAUGUCUCUUACCCCAAAUCUCUCUCAAAGGAAGCUAAGGAAGCAUGUAAAGGACAUAGCAUCUUUGAUCUUAUGUUUUUACAGAAACAUCGUAAGGAUGUUAGCAACUUUGACAAGCAGUUCACUAGUGAAAAAACGGAUCUCACGCCGACUGACAAGCUGUUCAUGAUGAACCUGGAUCAGACGGAGUUUUUCGGAUUCUCCUUUCUAAAUCCAGAGUUUGUCCAACACAUAUAACGAUUUUCAAUACUUGUUAUCUAAUUUGUUAAAAUCGAAAUUUUCAUAUUUUUUCACAUAUUUGAUAAAGUAACUUUCUGCUUUGACCUUUCGUUGUGGUCAUCUAUCUAAUACGUUUAAACUCGCCAGUGAUAACUUAACACUUUAGAUGCAUUGUUCGUCGUGUUUAUCAUCGUAUUAUAAAUGUUUAACAAGUUGGACUAUAUUUAUAUAUCAACCAAAAUGCUUAUUUCUGUGUGAAUCUUAAAUGUUAUUUAUUGCAUCUUUGAUAAUUGAUCCCCCCCCCUCCAUAACAACGUGGUCCAUCAUCCAUGAUCCCCCUCCCCUCUCCCAUAACAACAUGGUUCAUCAUUCAAUCCAUGUCAAGAUCAUGGGGAUUUAAUGGCAUAAUGUAUUAUCCAUGUAAUUAAAAUGUUUAUCGCAAAGGCGUCUACUGUGUUGAAGUUGUAAAUGACUAUUGAAAACGUCAACAAAGCUCCAACUGUAUUUAGAAUUCAAACUUCGUGACUGACACGUGACGAGUGCACAUUGCACGCCUCCUAUAUUAUAGAAACUAAAGUAACCUCCAUCGUGCUACUAUUUCACUAUCCAAAAUCAAAUUUUUCUUUAAAAAACUUGAACCAUGCAUUCCAGAAUUAGGCUUAAAUGUUAUCUAGCGGUUCGUCAUCUCGUAUCGUUGACAUCUUUCCACUUAAAGUGUCUUAAAUAACAUUCGACCGAUGUGUGCGAUUUGUUACAGUAAUUUUUUUUUUUUUUUUUUUUUAUAUAUA